CGUCAAUAUAAAUUAUACUUUCUAUCAGUGCAUGUUCUGUGUUCCUGCAUUGAAAAUUCAAGAUCCCCGCAAAUGGCAUGCCUCCUAUCUGGAAUGCCCUGAUCCGCACUCAUCACAUCACAUCACGCAAAAAGAUCGCGAAGCUCCGAGCAGCGGCCUCGAACAACAAUGUAUAUGCACUAUUGCGCAGCGGUGGCUGCCCUGGUAUAAUGUACUGCGAGGGCCAUGAAGACGGCGUGAGAAACUGGGUUGGCACCGUGCAAAGAUUGCGCUACAAAGAUUUCCAACUGGUUAGAAAGCCUGCGGCGAAGCAAAUAGACACAUCGUCCACCAUGGAUAUUGUAAAGGGGACAGGAUAUGGGAAGCUUGAAGAGGCGAAUAGUGUUAAGGAAUUUGGCGCCAGAAUAGAGGCAUUGGGCGUUUGGGCUUGGUGGAGAAGUGGGAUGGGGUAUGUCCAUGAGAAGUGAUGUUAGGUUCCUCGAGCCCACGCUGCGAGCGGUGCAAUAGUCGAAAGAGUUCGAAACAUAAGUCGCCAAUAGAGCGAACUCUGCGUCUGCGAAUCGUAGCUGCAAGCUUUUACUAGACUGUGUGGCCCUCACGUUCGUACAUCCGUCAAUCAUGGAGAAGACGUUCGAAUGAUAGAGUAGCGGAGAUACAGUAAAUCACUAAGGAUUGAGACGACAUAAGAAUUGAG